UGUGUGUAUGUGUGUGGGUGUGGGUGUGCGCGCGCGAAAGCAAAAGCAUGAAUGCAAUAUGAUAUUAAAUAGUUUAAGUCAUAUUAUUAUUACUCAGGUAGUGUAGGUAAGUGACGCCUCAGUAUUUUCAUAGGAUUGAGUUUUUAGCCAGUCCAUGGUAGCAAUUAAAUAUUUGCAGCGGAUAUAUAUUAAUGAUUUUAUUUAUAGAGUUGUAUAAAUAGGCAGAUUGUGCAGCAAAUUUAGUAUUCAUUUGGAGGUCUAGGGGCCACGCUGUUUCGUCUUCUACGUCCAGCAAUGGCUGGGUCAUAAUUCAAAGUCCUAUGCACUUUGACAACAGAGUUUACUAUUUACAGUUUACGCAUUGAGAGAAGACCGCAUUAAUUGUAUAGUUCAGCAGUAGGAUGCGGCUUCGAAAGCAUGACUUUAAUUAGACAUCUUUGUGCUCUUUCGACUUCUAUGAAUCUAGUUUUAUUGCUGCCACCCCAAACUGGGAUACAGUAGCUCAUUAUGGAUUGGGCCAAUGCAGUAUAAAUUUGCUUUAAUUAAGUAGGCGAGGCUAUGUGCCUUAAGGUUUUAAAGAUCCAUAUAAGCUUCCGUAUUCUACCACUAAGGUACUCUAUGUGAAAGUUCGAAGAGAGCCUUUGGUCCAGGACUAUACCAAGGUAUUUGACAGUAACUACUUUUUCAAUUGUGGUGCAGUUACAAUUUGCAAUUGCAAUCUGGUCACACUUGUGUACUGUCAGUUUGAGGUGAGAUGAGGGCUGUGUGUUCCCAUACUUUGAAAAACACAUGUAAUUGGUCUUCGCAGUAUUUAGAGUAAGAAGGUUAAGUUGUAGCCAUUGGCUAACCUUUAGUAGACCCUGUUGCGCCUUAUUAUAUACAGCCUCCCAUGAGUGAUCUGUAAAAACAAUUGCAGUGUCGUCAGCAUAUGAGUACACACGGCCUCCCUCGAUGGGGGGAUUAGUUAGGUCGUUGAUAUAGGUUAAAAACAGUGUGGGCCCCAUAACGCUACCUUGGGGGACUCCAUAAGAUAUGGAUCUUACACUGCUUAUUACGUCACCUAUCCUAACAGAUUGUGUCCGACCAGAAAGGUAGCUUGUUAAUAAUUCAAGAGGCCUUCCCCGGAUGCCCAAGAGCUCAAGUUUAUGAAUAAGAGUAGGGAGAUAGACUGUAUCGAACGCUUUCCGUAAGUCCAAAAAUAUGGCAAGGCACUUGUUUCCCUUAUCUACCUGUCGAGUAAUUUCUGAUGUGAGAGCUAAGACUGCAGGCGUACAUAAGCUACGGAGACUGCUUACCAUCAGGCGGGCCGUAUGCUUGUUUGCCACCGACGUAGUAUAAAAAAAAAUCUGCCGUAUAUUUACCACGCUUGAAGCCAAAAUGUGAGACUUACGUUGCAGGAACACAAUAUAUUGCCGCCGAUGAUUCUGGCUACGAGUACAGCCGGGAAGCGGACGCGUGGCUGCGCCUGCACAUGGCGCCCGCCAGCUGGGCGGAAGCUGGAAUGAGCUGUUACCUCGAAGGUAAAUAAUAAAUGCAAAGAAUUAUGCACAGCUAAACAGUGGAAUGAACUGUCGCCGUAGUAUUACGAUAACCUUCAAGAAAAGAGUGUGGAUUUACAACCUCUCUGGUGCUGCAGGUGGUCAUGGGCCUCAGUAAUUGCUUACCAACAGGUGUUCUGUGGCCAAACAGAAAUGUAUCAUUUUUAUUUUUCGACAGGCGUAUUGUCAUUAUUAUGUGGCGCUGUCUAAUAAUAUGAAUCUCAUUUUACAAAUGGACUUCUGGCUUCUCCGACGACCAGCGCCGUGGCCAAUGUGAUGGUGGCGAUGAUGGCUGAAAAACAGCUGACAUACAGUUUUACCGGGAUUAACUCAAUAAGAGCCAAGGAUAACUUCACGUCACUCGACGGAGUGCGGCUGUCGUCUAUCCCGUUGAGCUGGGCCGCCGACCAGCCGGACAACGCUAACUCGGAUGAGGACUGUGUUGCGCUGACGGGCGCGGGCAAGAUGGCCGACGUGAGCUGCGCGAGCAUGCUGCCAUACUUCUGCCGCAAGGAGAACAAGUGCGGUCCUAAGGAUAAUGGAUACGAUUGGCAGCCCCGCACCAGUAGCUGCUACAAGUUCCAUCACAUGACCAACACCUGGCGUAAGGCCCUGGCCACGUGCCACGCUGAGGGCGGGCAUCUGGCCAUCAUCAACAGCGACACUGAGUCAACGGUGCUUAAGGAACUUUAUGAAGUGCACCCAGAUGAAGUGUUAGUUGGUGCUAGUGAAUAUAAACAUGCGUUUAUUGGAUUUAGGAAGUAUGAAGAUAACGAAUGGGCCACAAUUUAUGGUGAACCUCUCGCCGAGGCCGGCUUUACAGUGUGGAACAAGAAUGAGCCCAGUAAAACAGGGUACAGGGGACUGGAGCUCUGCGGCUCAAUCCAUCGGAACGGACUGCUCAACGAUGCACCAUGCGAGGACACAUCCGCCUUCAUUUGCGAGAUUACGCCUUAAUAAAAUUCUUGUAUUAAAAAUUUACUUAAUUAAAACGUGAUUAAAACUAAA